GAAACUAGGGGCUAUAUAGGUUGGUAACAAGGAGCUAUGAAGCGCUUUGAAGCCAGCCCUAUUGCCGUGUUCAUACUGUCAGCCGCGUUAUGGAGGUCUUCAGAGGCUCUACUCAUGAAGAAGAUGAUGAAGAGCGCAAUGAUGAUGGGAUCAAUGAUGAAGCACGAUAUGUCUGAUUGGUCGAUGCCACUGACACUGAUGCCGCCGGAUUGGCACUAUACUCACCAGACUGAAAUGGAUAUUCAUCCCACGAUAGUGAUGAACGCAAUACCUAAUGGAAAGACGUCUGCCGUCAUGGUAGAAGACUGGCACAGCCACAUGCCCCCCUUGAUGAUGAGCAUGAAACCAUCUAUCGAAAAAAAGGAAACGAUGACCAUGAUGAAAAUGAUGACAAAAAUGAAAGACGGCGCAGAGAUGGCGCACGAGGUAGCCGAUCAAAAGAUGCGCAUGCACAUAAGUAUGCAUGCUGCAAACGAUAAACCUCCUACUGCAAUGACUGUCGAAACUUCUAGACCGCCUUGUAAAGUUAAUCAGAUCAGUGGAGUCAUGACUGUAACGCCAAAUACUGAACCGGUAAUGGCCAGACCCGAAAUGAUAUCUGCGCCUUUAAUGGCGGUACCGCCUCAGAUGAUGCAGCCCCAGAUGGUCCAGCCCCAGAUGGUCCAACCCCAGAUGAUCCAGCCCAUGCAAUCGCCCAUACAGCAACCUGUUAUGAUGAUGCCCACUAACAAUGCGUUCCCAUCUAAUGUCAUGGCUAGCCGCAUGGACCGACGGGCUUGAACGAACACACAUGAAAUACGCGCAUGUUGCUCGAGUUGGAAGAAUUAAUCGGACUGUCCGAUACUGAUCAAUGUCAGAUAUAUACAUAUAAAAGACUCGAGACUUUUUAAUCGUAGCACGAUAUUAUACUUUCAUGAGAUCGGGCGCGUCCGAACCACAUUCGUCCGAACAUUCAUCGCAAUUUGCGGUGCACCGUUAGACCUAUACCAUUCUGUUGAUCUAGUCAGUUACACCAUACUAAUUACAUACAGAUACGUUAACACGCCGUUGAUAGGCCAGCUUGCACGUCCAGCCUAUCGCAAAAGCCUUUUUUUAGCGAACGUAAAAAGGGCUAAUCGUGCAUAUACUAAUCACAAUAUACGCCUUGAAUAGGAGCAUUAAUAAAGUACAUUGUUGUGUGUAUACGAACUUAAUGAAAAAAAUGAAUGUACUGCCUUUAGUAUUUUAUCAUUUGGGUCGUGACUUGAAAAGGAAAUCAUAAAUGGAAUACGGUAUCAGUUACGAACGUAUCAUUCAUCCAUGACGUACCAUGACUAACCAAUAAACUACUGGAGCACGUAUGCAUACCUAGAGUAAGUCAACAAAGCUAAUCGUG